AUGAGAACUACUUUAGUAAAGCUUCAAGCUGAUUUGGAAAAUUGCACAGAUUUAAAACCUUUGGAUCAUGAGGAAUAUCCUCAUGAUUACGGAUUUAAAUUUAUUUGCAAUAAAUGUCGAUAUGAACAUCCAAAAGAAAUAAUUAUAAAUAGAUUUGAUAGAAUAGCUGUACAGCUUAAAAGUCAAAUAAAAAGAACUGCUAAUUUUUUCACUUAUUGUAAGGAUUGUCAUAAUGAGAUAUUCAUUAUAAUUACCCUUGCCGAACCAGUUACUGCCGAAUCAAAAGAUACCGAAGAUGAAGAUAAUUUUAUACCGAUUAUUGAAGUUCAUAGUCAUGGCUGUAGAAUAAAGGAGUUUAUUUUAGAAGAUCAAUUCCAAUGCACUUCAUCAGCUGGUAAUAUAAUAGAAGGUGUUGAUUUACGAGCCAACGACUGGUCAGAAUUCGAUGAAGAAGGUAACAUUCCUGUUACUAUAACAAAUGCCAAGUUCCAAUUAGAGGAAUUACCUGGUAAUGGUCAAGUGACCACUUUAUAA